AUGCCGCGCGAUUCACGCAACGCUCGCGACAAUGAAGAACUGUCACAACUGGGUAAAAAAGCAGUGCUGAAGUUGUACUGUCAUGAUAACUUGGGAGGGAGUACUGCUGUAAGCCUCGUUGCUCCAGGUGCCAACGGCGCAGUUCAUAUGUCUGAGGAGAUCAGCAGACCUUCUCUCAACGUUCCUCGCGCUAUAGUGUUCAGCAUCCUUCUCAAUGGCACACUAGGCUUUGGAAUGCUCCUUGCAGCAUUGUUUUGUCUCGGUAACAUCGAUGAAGUGCUUAAAACCCCAACUGGUUAUCCGUUCAUGGCAAUCUUCCAUUUUGUCGCAACUGCUUCGCGUAUGACUUGGUAUUUUGCUCGAGACAGAGGUAUUCCGGGCUGGCAAUAUUCAAGCAAGAUCGAGCCACGAACGACACUUCCCUUGGUAUCAAUAGCGUUGACCGCAACUAUUGCCAUACUUCUCAGUCUAAUCGGCCUUGGCUCCCUUGUGGCCUUCAAUGACGUUGUAUCCCUAUCAAUAAAUAGACUUUACACAUCAUACCUUAUUGGCAAUGGCUUUCUUUUAUAUCGCCGGAUCAAAGGUCAAAUUCAACCAUACUCAGCUAUUCGUAAAACUCUCACACCAAUACCAUGA